AGUGGGGAGGUGUGGCCACAUGGCUCUCAUGACAGGUAGGCAGGGAGGAGCUAGAUUACCUGUGCAGAGCUGACAGUCAGUGCAUAGUGAACACUGCACCUGUUGCACUUCCCAGGCUCUCCCUCUCUCUCUCUCUCUGUUUCUUUCUCCCUCUUCCUGUCCCUUUCUCUUCCCCUUCUUUUCUCCUUGACUGCUCUGAAAGAGGACGCUGACGGCCUCACCAUGGAUCCCAACGAGGCCAGCGGGGGUGAGAAGGAGAAGGAAAAAGAGAAGGAGAAAGUGAUAAAGAGGAGGAACCGGCCCGUGUUCCUGCGUUACCUGGAGAGGAGAAAGACGGACACUAUUGUGGCUGAGGACUCGGCCAAAGGGGACUUCAACCUGGGGACGCUGGUGAGGAGGAGUCAGUCUGACAAGACGGAGUACAGCGCUAAACUUAAAGAGAAAAUGACACCACACGACCUGUCCACACCCCCCUCUCCAGCACUGGACCCGGAGGAGGUCCGUUUCAGGAAGAUGAACCGAAGGGCAAAGGUCAUUCAGGAGCUCGUGCAGACUGAGAAGGACUUCCUCACAGACCUGGAGCUGUGCAUUAGAGAGGUGGUCCAGCCUCUACGGAAUCUGCAGAUUGUGGAUGUAGACAGGUUGUUCACCAACACAGAGACAGUGUGUGAAGUAUCUGCAGCACUCCUUAACAGACUGCAUGAGGCCAUCGCUGAGCCUGAUCCAGAGGCAGUUGUCAUAGGAGAAAUAUUCAUCCAGGCGAAGGGAGCUUUAGAAGAUGUAUUUAAGAUUUACUGUUACCAUCACGAUGAUGCCAACAUGUCACUCAAAUCCUAUGUGAAAGUGGAAGAAAUAAAGCAACAUUUCAACACAUGUAUAUUAGCUCUAAAGAAAAUCUACGACCUAGAAGGGAAACCUAACUUGCUGGACAUGGGUUCACUGCUCAUCAAACCGGUCCAGAGGAUCAUGAAGUACCCUUUGCUGCUCGGCGAGCUGUGGCAUGCCACACCUGAAGACCACCCUGACUAUCACCCGCUGCAGGAGGCGUUCACUGCAGCCAAGAUCAUCAAUGUUAACAUCAACGAGUUCAAGAGACGCAAAGAUAUAGUUAUGAAGUACAAGAGGUUGGAGGAUGAAGGCACACUGAGGGGAAAACUAAACAAGUUCAACAUCCACUCUAUCCGGAAGAAAGGUGACAGGUUUGCCGGCUAUCUCAAGAUCCUCACUGGAGUUGAACCACAGGUGAGAGAUGAAAUAUUUGAUAAAGAGGAGAAGUUGUUCAGAAGUCUGGAGAAGGCUGUGAGGCAGCUGGUCAAGAAUGUUCAAUGGUACCUGCAGCACACUCAGGAGAUGGUGUCUGUAGCUGUUCAGAAUGUCCAGGACAUGGAGGACAUCAUCAAGGAUCCAAACGGCUCUUCAGACAUUAAUGGAAAUGACCCCUAUAAGCACUAUAAAGACAGUAUGGAGCGCUUGGUCCUCGCCCCCCUCUCCUCCCUGCAGGGCAUGUUCACAGCCCCACAGAAGCUCAUCCAGAAGCGUUAUGACAAACUGCUGGAUUACUGCAGCCGCCUGGAGCGCUCUUCUUCUUUUUCAUCCUCUUCCACGACGUCCACCACUUCUUCCUCCCCUUCACUGGUGUCAGACCCGCCUGGUCCCGCUAGGAGAGACUAUGAAGCUAUCAAUGCCUUGCUAGUGGAGGAGUUACAGAAGUUCAACAUGGCCGCCUAUACUAUCCUGACCAACUGUGUGGUGUAUCUAGUGGCCCUACUCCGAGGGCUGAUGGAUAACAUACUACUCCGUUCCCCACCCAUACAACAGCUACCAGCUCCAUUGUCAAACAUUGCUGAAGUGCAGAACAGCAUCAUGGAUGAGCUGAACAAUCUGACCUUUGUCAAGGACAAUGCACAGAAGUUGAUGGAGCGAAAAGUCAGCUUUGAGAGACAACGAGACAAGAAAAUAGCAAUGCCAGAGGUGCAGCAUCAAACUGAGGAACAGCGAGUCUGGCUGCUGGCAGAAUACCCAGUGAGCCGUCUCUACCAGCUGAAGAGGAAGUGUAACGGCUGCCAGGAGCAGGACCUCAGUCUGCUGGAGGGAGAGCUGGUAGGCCUGCUGGAGGGCACGGACCCAUUAGGCAGCAGUAGCCGCUGGCUCGUUCACACUGGAGGUACACAGGGCUAUGUCUACUCCACCUUCCUGAAGCAGUACAACCCUCUGAGGGACUCCCAGCGGGGAGGCCAGAUGGCAAAAGAGCAGCAACAGCAACAGCCGCCUGCCAUGGUGGACGAGGACUUUGAUGACCUUAGCCUGUUUGUGUCAGGCAGUGGCAGCAGCAGCCUGCGCAGCUUCAACCUCAACACCACUGACAGCGGCUCAACCCUCUCUGGACUGCAGGGGGAGCCAGAGAGCCUCGAUGAUCUGGAGGAAAACGUGGACACAGAUGCUCAGCAGUUUUAUGCCGUCUAUGCAUUUCAAGCACGCUGUGACCAGGAGUUGACCUUGCAGGAGUACCAGCAUGUCCGCAUCCUUCAGUUCUGUGACCUGGGAGGCAAUAAGGAUUGGUGGUUAGCUGAGGCCAACGGACAGAAGGGAUACGUCCCUGCCAACUACCUCGGCAGGAUGUCCUACGCAUAAAUAGAGGCACUGUUUUCAUCCGUAUCACAAUAAGAAAAGCAAACCAACUUGUAGCAUUUUUAAACAAACUCACGUACACUUUCAUACAUAAUUGUAAUAGUCCUGACGGUAAAACAUGUGACAUUUCUGCAUUGUGGAAGUCAAGAUUGCACAAAGUAUCACUAGAUCUUAUAUGUCUCAUACCAAAAGUGUUGAAACUGCUUUGCCUUCAGAAGAUCAUAACAAGAGAGCUCACCAAUGGGAUUUAACCAGUAAUCUGUAAUUAACACAAACAAUGGAAGGAAAAUACAGGGCACUGUGCCGAGCACUUUUUUUACUUCAGUGUUGGUGAGUUUAUAUUGAUAAUGAAGAGAUUUAUAAAUGAAGUUAAUUUUGUAUGUGAACUGAUUCAUACAUGAAGAAUGUAUAUUUAAUGUGAAAUGAAGAAAUCUAUGAUGUCAACAUUUAUAUUUUAACAAUUACGUAAUGAAUAAACGUGAUCCGUUCUCCAUUUGUCCUGCAGAAUA